GUUUCCCCAUGUAUAAAAAAUGGCUUUCACUACUUGUGAUCACUACUCGGGACUUACUUUCUUCUCCAGAAGAAAAUGGGGAUUCUGGAUUACAGCCGUGCUGCCAUUACAAAGAUCCAUAAUGUUUUCACAGAGCACUGUCCGGAUGAAGACACCAGGUCCAAGAUCGCCAAAAAUUUUGCCGUCGCCGCUGUUAAAGAGGGGCUUGAAUUCGUCCCUGGUGGAUCAAGAGUAUAUAACAUUGUUCAUCGAUCACUCAGCCAUGACAAGAAGCCCAGGGGCCAUGAAAUUGAGCUGCAGGAACUGAAAGAUAAGGUACGCGGACUGGAGAAAGAACUGAGUGAACAUAGGAGAUUAAUUGUGCAAACCCAGAUACAUAGGCCAGUUAUGGAACUAGAUUGUAACAAUACCCUCAGUUUGAGUCAAAAACCUGAAGACAUGAUCAGAGUUUUCAUGAUGACCGGGUUCGUGAGUAAGCAUUUGCGGGAUAAUCUGAUAGUUCCAGGGGUUAGGUCUGGGAAGCCAAAUACUAAGCGUGACCAAUAAAAUGGUCUCUAAGAUUAGACGCUAUGCUUAUGUAGGUUUAAUCAGGAUUUGAAUCCUUAUUCUUAUGUUUACAUUCCUGUUCCUUUGGGCUUGUUAUUGUGACGUUAUUCUAUGCUCAGAUACUGCUUGGGAUUUUUGUAAAUGAAUUGAGUAUGUGAUAUUCAAUCAUCAGUUCUACAAGUUUCCGUAAUUUUUAUGCUUUUA